AUGCGAGUGACCGCACCUCUCCCUGCCGAAAAGGGACCUUACAUCUUCGUGUGCCAUCCGCACGGCAUCAUCGGAGUAUCUCCGAUGACGGCCUUUGGGACGGAUGCCUGCGGCUUCUCGACAGCCUUCCCCGGCCUGAGCGUUCACCUCCUGGGCCACAACGCCAUUUUCCGGAUUCCGUUCUUCCGGGAAUGGUGUUUGAUGCACGGCCAUGGGACCGUUAGCAAGAAGACCUGUCUGCAUCUCCUCCGCCACGGCCGUUGCAUUGGCUUGGCACCAGGAGGAGCGAAGGAGAGUCUGGAAUCUGUGCCUGGGACCAUGCGCCUGGUCCUUCGCAGCCGCAAAGGCUUUGCCAAGUUGGCGCUCAGUACAGGCGCCGCUUUGGUUCCCGUCCUCGGUUUUGGAGAGAAUGACGUCUACUCCACCGUACAGUUCGAGAAGGGCAGCUUCCGUCGGAAGCUGCAGGAGCAGCUUCAGAACCGCCUGGGUUUUGCUCUGCCGGUUUUCUGCGGCCUGAGCUGGCUUCCUCUCGUCCCUCGGCGGCGCCCCGUCACGACACUUGUUGGUGCACCGCUGUGGCCCCCAGGGACAUGGCCCGAUCCCCCGGAUGA